AUGGAAGAGUGUCCUGACGCCGGCAGUUCACCUUCCAGUGCCACGGCAGUCUUCAUUCGCGAAGAGAACAGCACCACCGCAGGGUUUGUGCCUAUUCGCUUUAACGGCAACAUCACUGUACGUGAGCUGGCGGAGGAGUAUUGUAUUACCAGUCUGAUAGAGUGUGAUGCCACCGGCUCUGUGCAGCCACGGGCCGUCGCGUUAGACUCCCCAUUCGAUAUUCUGCACGGCGGGAAAUAUUAUAUCGCUAGACGUGAUGUGAAGGAAGUGGGACUCUCGCCGCGGGUGACGUUUCGGGGAAAGAUUAUAGUAGAAGAGUUUGAUGCGGAUCAUGCAGUGGCUGCGAGAGAAAAUGAUGAGAACACUUUACAUUCAACAGUACCAGCAGCUGCAGAAACAUCAACAACAACAUCAAUGAUGAUGAUGUCAGGCAAUUCUGUGAAGAAAAUGGGAAUGACACGGAAGCGACGUGAGCGCGAUGAUGAUGAUGAUGAUUGGAAUGAUGGAAUGGGAGAAGGAGUAGGAGAAAAAGGAAAAGAUGAGGAUAAAAGUGAUGAGAAUAUUAACGGGAAUACACAUAUGUUUGUUCCUUUUGUGGGUGAUCUUUAUGAUGAUGGAAAUGAGCGACUCAUUCAACUUAAAGAUGUGAAGAGACUUUGUGAAAAUGUAGAGAGUGAUGAGGCGGAGUUCAGAGCCCGACAUGAUAGAGCGGAAACUAUUUUAAAAGAAGUGAAAGAAUUACUUGUAGCCCUUGCGAAUGCUAGUAAUGUCUCUGUUGAAGAUGAGCCAGGUCUAUAA